AUGGAAUAUAAUGAAAUAAAGUAACAGGUAACUAAUUUAUUAAUUUACAGAUUGUUUCAAACAUAAAGGAAAACAAAUAACAAAUCAAAGACCUUUAAACAUUUCUAAAAACUUAGCAUAAUGAAUAUAGUGAAGCUUAAUGUAAGAUAGAAGAAGAAAAAUAGAAAAGAAGGAAAGCAAAGAGCUCGAAGAACAAAUUUUCUAGCUUUGAAAAUGCAAUCAAUAGACCACCAUUUUUUAGUGCUACCCAUGUUGAGUAAGCGUUUAAUGAAUAAACCUUUAUUGAUAAUGAAGUGCCAGCAUUGACAGCAACCUAAAAAGCAUAAUUAAUAACUCCAUCAAGAAACAAAAGCCCAAAGAUAAGUAUGAUUAAGAAAUGAAUUUGCAGCUACAUUUAAAAUUGAACAUCCAUUAUCAAAAUUACAAAGUGACUUUCCCACACUAAAAUAGAAUUAAAUGAGUGAUAAAGAAAUUCAAAGAUUAGAGAAAUGGAAAACAAUCACAAAUGAAAGGUCAAAGUUAUAAAUAGAAGAGGUACUUAAAUUGUUUAUUAAGCAAAAUAAAUAAUUUAUUGGAAGUUUGAAGAAAAAAGAACUGGAUCAAAAACAUACUUAAGUAUUUUAGUUAGCGAAUACCCAUUUGCGACUGUUAGAUCCUCAGCCAUCUUUGAUUUCAGAAAACCCCUUAACUCCAAGAAGAUUAUAAAAACUAAUAACCUUACCAAGAUUGUAUGAAAAAAAAGUAUGGACACCUAAUGAUAAUUAUUUUUGAU